AUGAAACAUGUACCAUCAUCUACUAAAAAUUCAUCAUCUCUACGUCGUUCAUCAUACGAAAAUAUUUUAUCUCAUCGUCCAUCUCCACCAAUAGCUAUUCAAUGGAUGUUACCACCAACGGAUAUUAUCAGACCCUCAUCAUCAGCUCGUUUAAAUGUUUUACGUCAACAACAAUCAUCACCCUAUGUCCCAUAUGCAUCAAAUGUCUAUGGAGUCUAUCGACGAGGACAAUCAAAAUCAAGUAAUAAUAGUCAUUCAAAAUCACGAGAUCAUCUCGAUCAUACAAUGUCAGAAUAUGUCAAUUUUCAUGAUACACGAAUUGGCAUUUAUGAUAAUGAUGAUGAUGAUGAUGACGAGGAGGAUGAGGAAGAAUGUUAUGAGACAUUUGAUUAUCAAUUUACUGAUGCUUCAUCGAUGGCAUCUGAUCAACGACAUUAUCGUACAUCAAAUGGUAUAACCACGAAUAAUUUUAGUAAUAAUAAUAAUAAUAAUAAUUUUAAUAAUAAUAAUAAUAAUAACAAUAAUAGUAAUUCAUCGCCUAUUACAUCUCGAAAAGUUGUUACAAACGAUUAUGAUUCUUAUCCGCCAAAAAGUGCGGUUACAAAUUCUAGUACCGCUUCAUCUACAAAUGGAAAAUAUUUAAAAUCUAAUACAAUGCCAUCAGCGUCACAAAAAAAUUUACCAACAUCUGUUAAUCAUUAUCAAAAUGAAGAGACAAUUGCGUCAGGUUAUGAUAUAGGAAAUAAUGAUGAUGAAAAUUCAAAUCCUGUUGAUAAAGAAACGUUAAAACGAAUGAAUAAAUUUUCCAUACAAAAAAUGUUACGUCAAGGUUUUACAUCAUGGCGUACACGUAAAAAACAACAGCAACUUCCAGUAACAUUACCACCACCAUUACAACUACAUCAAAAUUUUACACCUAUUGGUAUCACAUCAUCAUCUCCACCACCAAUAACUACCACGCUACGUUCAUUAUCAGUUGAUAGUAUUGUUACAUCUACACCACCAACAAAAAUGUCAAUGAUGACGACUCCACAACAUCAACGAAUUAUUGUUUCAGAAAAAGUAGCACAGUCUUCCGCAACGAAUGAUACAACGACAAGUGAAUCACUAAAAAAUCGUUAUAUUCAAUCGCCGUGGACAAUGUCAAAUAAUAAUAGUAAUAAUGAUAAUAAUUCGUCUGUAAUUACAAAUACUACUGAAAAGCCACAACAACGAGCUUUACCGGUACAUUAUGGCGAUAGUAAUAAUAACUCAUCGCCAACAGUAACAAAAAAACAACAUGCUCCAAUAUCUCCACUACAAUCUACAUCUUCUCCAUUUAAAACAUCAGAAUCAGUGACAUAUACGAAUCCGAACACAAUAACUUCAACAACAACAACAAAUACGUUAUCAACUACUAAUACAGUUCCAAGAAUUCCUCCACCCGUUGCGCCAAAACCAGAUUCAAAUCGUUUAACGCCAAUUCGAACAAAUUAUAACACAAAUUCUUCAACUGUAGUUCCAUCUUCAGUGUCUUUUCCCGUCACUUCUGCGUCUUCCAAUUCGAAUUCAAAUAAUGUUAAUUUUAAUACUUCGUCUUUUAUCGGCGCAUCUCCUAACGUAACAGAUUCUAAUAUACUACCGUCUCAACAACGAGCUGGUAUCAAAGUUUUACCAGAAAAAUUUAUCACAAAUCGUUUUACACCCAUAGAACAGACGACAUUACCAUCUUUUCACAAUACUUCUAACAAUAAAGAAGAAGAAACUGUACCAGUAGUAUCAUCUCAACCUGUUUAUGCCAAUGUACAAACAUCACAACCUCCUUCGCAACAACGUACAAAUAGUGCGGCGAUUAUUGCAUUACAAGAGAAAUUAAAUUUACGAUGCUCACCAGUCAACACAAGUCCACCACCAAAUUAUAACAAUAACGUGGCAGGUUCAAAUGUAACCGUCGUCAACAAUCCGAUCAGUAUCAGUGAGCAAUCUCGUCAAGUAUUAUUUUCAAUUCCAUCUGCAUCUACGUCGUCUCCUUCUACAUCAUCAACGACAACAACAACAACUGUUCAAAAUGGUUCAUCAAACGAUAAUAAACAAACAGUUCAAGAUAUUGAUACGACACGGUACGAAGAAGUACCAGCAAAAGAACCGGAUCUUUCUCGUAAACCUGAAAAAAGUGCACUAAAAAAGCAAAGUGGUGUGAAACGACGAAUGAUACCUGUUUUAAGAGAAAAUCAACGACCAAGUCCACGUCCAAGUCCAAAAACAUCUGUGUUAACUAAUAAACAUCAUCAACAGCAACAACAAGAUGAAGAUAGCCAACAUCAAAACGGUGAAUCCGAUAGUGAUAUGGACGAUGAUGAUGAAAAUGAUGUAAAUAAUCCAAAUUAUAAUUCGACUGAAUCAACUUCAAAACGUUUUGCUAAUGUGCAACGAAAUGAUUCAUUAGCACGGUUUCUUAAGGAUAGACCACAAGUGACUGAAUUAUAUGAUAAAAAUAUUUUGGUUAAUAAAGAUGAACGUAAAAAUGAACGUGAAAGAAUUGAAACGAAAUUAGAACGAAAAUUAUCGUUAAGACCGUCGCCAGAAGAGUUAGAACAACGAAAUAUUUUAAGGUUAAAAACACAAGCUGAAUUAAUCGCUGAAAAAGAAGAAAAGAAAAGAUUUCUUAUCAGAAAAUUAAGUUUUAGACCAAAAUUACGUGAAAAGAAAAUUAUUCGUUUUUGCGAUUACAUUGAAGUGACAGAGGCUGAAGAAAUUGAUCGUCGAGGUGAUAAACCAUGGGUUCGUUUAACACCACGUGAUAAAGCAGCUAUUCGUAAAGAAUUAAAUGAAUAUAAAAGUACAGAAAUGGAAAUUCAUCCAGACAGUGCAAAAUAUACACGUUUUCAUCCUCCAUAA